AUGCACUUCUCGCCGGAUUUCGUCGUGCGGGCGACUGCGCGCGUGGCGUUCCUGCUCGCCCUUCCCGCCCUUGCUGUGCUGCAUCAGUGGGUCGCGCUGCUGCUGGUUGUUGCAGUAGGCUGGUGUGUCAAGGAGUGGGAUGAAUCGCCAUUGCGAGGCAUUCCAGGCCCGCCCGUCGCCGCCUGGACUAGGUUUUGGCAUAUCAUACACGUCCUGCGAGGCGAUCAGAACACAAUCCUUGUGGAUCUCCACGAGAAGCAUGGUCCGUUCGUCCGCAUCGCCCCAGACGAAGUCUGUGUGAGCCAUCCAGAUGGCGUCAAGAAGAUUCUACUGGCGCCACUGGCCAAGGCCUACUGGUACGAGGGCUUGACCAUGCCAGACUACAGGUUUCGAUCACCCAUGUCCUUGACCGACAUGAAGCGCAAGAGCGAGCUGGCCAGGUGUUGGUCUGCUGGUUAUACGCUGAGCAACAGCCUUCAGAGCGAAGGCGCGAUUGAUGAGGUGAUCAAGGUCUGGCUCGAGAAGCUGGACCAAUUCGCCGAGUCGGGAGAGGCGUUUGACCUGGACAAGCAUCUGCACUUUGUGGCGUUUGACAUGGUCGGCGAGUUCCUCUUCUCAAAGCAAUUUGGGUUCGUCAAGGAAGGUCGCGAUAUUGGCGGCAUCAUUGGGAAUAAUAUUCCUCUGAGCGCCUUCGCAUCGAUCUUGGGGUUCAAGCCCAUGCGUUGGCUGCAUUUCGCAGUGCUGGGCAACCCUGUCGUAACAACCCUCAAGCUGCUGCCGGCGGGCCAUGUCUUCGAAACGGCCAUGAAGGCGCUCGACAACCGUAUGGAUAAUCCCGACAGUCGCUACGACGCUCUGGCGCACUGGAUGCAAGGGGUGGAGAAGAACCCGAGCAUAGUCAACAAGCGAGAUUUGCAAGCAAACGUGAUUAGCGCCGUCGCCGGAGGCAACGACACAGUCUCGUGCGCUCUUCAGGCAUUCGUAUACUAUAUGAACCGCCAUGCAGACGCCUGGUUUCGCGCGUGGGAAGAGAUGGACGCCGCCAUGAGCAAAGGGCGUUGUCAGGACCAAGUGGUUAGCUUUGCCGAUGCGCAACAGCUCCCGUUCCUACAAGCGUGUAUAAAGGAAGCGCUUCGCAUCUUCUCGCCCGUGCCAAUGGGCUUACCGCGUGAGGUCGGCGAGGGAGGUCUUUCCAUCGGCGACCGCUUCUUCCCCAAGGGCACAGUGCUGUCCAUCCAUCCGUGGGUCAUCCACCACAGCAAGCAACUAUGGGGAGACGAUGCGCAAGUGUUCAACCCAGAUCGAUGGUUUCAGAGGGACAUUGCGUCUCGCGAGAAGUAUUUUCUGCCGUGGGGACAAGGAUCCGCGUCUUGUCCUGGGCAGCAUUUCGCACGCAUUGAGCUGUAUAAAGUGACAGCGACACUUGUGAGGGACUACAUUGUCCAUCAAGCUGAUCCGGCGCAGGGGUGGCGGUGGAAGGCGUACUUUACGGUGGUGCCGCACAGCUGGCCGUGUCGCAUUCGGAGACGGGAUCAGGCAUCGGCGAAGUGA